ACAAUGCAGGGUUGAUGUAAAUAUUUUUGAAUAAAAAAUUGCUUUUUACUUCAACCCUCUAAUUUUGGUAAUUCCCAGCGUCACCCGAAACAGAAACAGCAAAUGUUUGAUUGUGGAACAUUAAGAAUCAAAAACGAAACUCAGUCACUGCAUGAAGGCACUGGUCGAUGUCAUGUCACGCAUUAUUGUAGGCCUAUUAUUUACCCCAUGCAACAUGACAUUUAAAACAUCCAUCCUCCUUCCACGUAUCAGAAUCCUAUCCUCAGCGGGUCGUCUGUCAGGUAAUCGACUUGACUUCAUGCAUGUCAAAAACAUUUCAAGUACUGCAGGUUUCCGUCCAAAACGACCCCUCACUCUCCUGUUUGGAUCGGUGAGGAGGAAUGUAUCAGCUGAGUGCAACUGGGGAAGUCAAAUGUUCGCCAAACAGUCAAGCACUGCGACCCGAUGGAACAAGUUGUCAACAACAACCACGUUGCAGAAGGACGGGUUCACCCGUUCCCGUGAGAGGGGAGUUUUGCUUCGUAAAGUUGUCCUCGGCGCACUCGGGUUCGCCACCACUGCGGCCGUAUGUGUCCACACCAGUGCCCGGGUCACCAUGGCCGAAGGGACAGAAUCUCUGAAGGUUAACCUUGAGUCCGCUGAGGCAGACUGGAAGGAGACCAAGGACCGGAUGCUGUCCUUGCCGCUGGAUGAGAGGCGGCGGUUCUACAGGACCCGUUGCUAUACGUCCCUGGACCAGGUCCCUGUGUGGAGUCCCUCUCCAGGCCCCUCUUCAGAGCAUCAACGGUGCCCCAGGAACAAGAAGCUGGACGGGCGGAUCUCCCUCUACACGGGCGACAUCACACAGCUGGAGGUGGACGCCAUCGUGAACGCAGGUGAAGGCACUCCGAGGAGAUGUGAGGCGCUGGCCCGUGGCGCUCCAACCCCUCUUCCCGCCUGGCAGCCAUUUUAUCAGCGCUCUACGAUUCAGGAACCACAGAGGAAGGAUCAGCAGUUUGAGAGCCUGUUCAAAGCAAAGCGAACAUCCUGUCCCGCUUUAAUUAUGUAGGACGACACCACUUAUAAAGAAGAGGAAAGAAGGUUUCCGUGCGGUUUUGAAUGAAGCCCAACGUCUUCUUCACCAGAGACGUGUUUGAUAUGCUGCAUGCACCGCGCCGACAACGCACGGGCUAAUGGUGUGAACGCCAGCGAAUCAGAGCCGCCCGAGUCCUCACCACUGGUGUGUGUGCUCGGCCUGCGUGUGUGUGCGGGGGUGCGUGGCACGUGCACGUGUGGUUAUGUGUGUCGGAGGUGUUCAACCCCUUUUUCUAUUCAUCAAAAUAAAGUUCACGUUUCACAAUCGAAUCGGUGUAAUACGUACCCGAGAAGAAUACGAGAUGAGACCGUCUCAAAGUCACAUAGGAGCACAGAAGAGGUGUGUGUUAAGCGUUGUGUUACCUUAUUACUUAUAAGUACCUUAGCGGUGGAGUGGGGACUUUUAAGUAGACGAGCUCUUCUGCAUUUCAAUAUCCACAGCUUUAGUGACAUCCUGGUGCUUUGGCACAGAAACCAUGAGGGGCUUAGCUCAGAAGGUGUCGGGAGUCUGCAGGAUGAGCGCCUGGGAUAUUUUCUAAAACCUCAGUUUCACCCUAUUUUUGAGAUUGACAUAAGGCUUGAAAUCAAUGAAUUGUGCAACCAUACCUGGGCGGCGUGUGGCUCAGGAGGUAGAGAGCGCUGGCUGCUAACUGGAAGGUUGCUGGUUCGAUCCUCGGCUCCGCCUAGCCGAGUGUCGAGGUGUCCCUGAGCAAGACGCCUCCCCCUGAAUUCUCCCGACUUGCGUUGUCUUGCCUGGUCGACACCGGUGUGGGGAUGUGUGCAUGAACGGGUGAAUGUUAGCCAGUGUUGUUAAUUGCUUUGAGUGGCCACUGGUUAGAAAAGCGCUGUGUAAAUGCAGUCCAGUUGCAAUUGACCUUUUGUAAAGUCGCGUGCUAAGCCUCCUCCAAAGAAACCCCGGCUGUCGCGGCCGGCCUCUACAGACGCAGUGCCCCGGAACGAACGCCAGCGCCUCGGUGAUCAGAGGGGUCGUAAACCCCCUCCCUGUAAAACGGUUUGAA